CCCCAGUGAGGUUGCGGACCCGGAGCGGCGGCCGCAGGUCCAGGCGCCAUGGCUGCGGAGCGGACCCGGCCGCUGCGAGGCUCUGGCGGCCCGAGCGCGCCUAGUCGGUGUGAGCCCGGCGCGAGGUCCCGGGCCCCGGGGCGCUCGCUCAGGUAAAUUUUUCCAUAACCUUAUGGAGAGAAAGGACUUUGAGACAUGGCUUGAUAACAUUUCUGUUACAUUUCUUUCUCUGACGGACUUGCAGAAAAAUGAAACUCUGGAUCACCUGAUUAGUCUGAGUGGGGCAGUCCAGCUCAGGCAUCUCUCCAAUAACCUGGAGACUCUCCUCAAGCGGGACUUCCUCAAACUCCUUCCCCUGGAGCUCAGUUUUUAUUUGUUAAAAUGGCUCGAUCCUCAGACUUUACUCACAUGCUGCCUCGUCUCUAAACAGUGGAAUAAGGUGAUAAGUGCCUGUACAGAGGUAUGGCAGACUGCGUGUAAAAAUUUGGGCUGGCAGAUAGAUGAUUCUGUUCAGGACGCUUUGCACUGGAAGAAGGUUUAUUUGAAGGCUAUUUUGAGAAUGAAGCAAUUGGAGGACCAUGAAGCCUUUGAGACCUCAUCAUUAAUUGGACACAGUGCCAGAGUGUAUGCACUUUACUACAAAGACGGACUUCUCUGUACAGGGUCAGAUGACUUGUCUGCAAAACUGUGGGAUGUGAGCACAGGGCAGUGCGUUUAUGGCAUCCAGACCCACACUUGUGCAGCUGUGAAGUUUGAUGAGCAGAAGCUUGUGACAGGCUCCUUUGACAACACUGUGGCCUGCUGGGAAUGGAGUUCUGGAAGCAGGACCCAGCACUUCCGGGGGCACACAGGGGCGGUGUUUAGCGUCGAUUACAAUGAUGAACUGGAUAUCUUGGUGAGUGGCUCUGCAGACUUCACUGUGAAAGUAUGGGCUUUAUCUGCUGGGACGUGCCUGAACACACUCACUGGGCACACGGAAUGGGUCACCAAGGUGGUCUUGCAGAAGUGCAAAGUCAAGUCUCUCUUGCACAGCCCUGGAGACUACAUCCUCUUAAGUGCGGACAAGUAUGAGAUCAAGAUUUGGCCAAUUGGGAGAGAAAUCAACUGCAAGUGCUUGAAGACAUUGUCUGUCUCUGAGGAUAGAAGUAUCUGCCUGCAGCCCAGACUUCACUUUGAUGGCAAAUACAUCGUCUGUAGUUCGGCACUGGGUCUCUACCAGUGGGACUUUGCCAGUUAUGAUAUUCUCAGGGUCAUCAAGACUCCUGAGAUAGCAAACUUGGCCUUGCUUGGCUUCGGAGAUAUCUUCGCCCUGCUGUUUGACAACCGCUACCUGUAUAUCAUGGACUUGCGGACAGAGAGCCUCAUUAGCCGCUGGCCUCUGCCAGAGUACAGGAAAUCCAAGAGAGGCUCAAGCUUCCUGGCAGGCGAAGCAUCCUGGCUGAAUGGACUGGAUGGGCACAAUGACACGGGCUUGGUCUUUGCCACCAGCAUGCCUGACCACAGUAUUCACUUGGUGUUGUGGAAGGAGCACGGCUGACGCCACGAGCUACCACGGCCGACUGACUUUGGGUGCCGGGGCUGCGGGUUUUAGUGCAACCUCUGUGGCAGCCGACUGCAUGAACCAAAGUUCUCACCUAAUGGUAUCAUCACGCAGUGCACAAUCAUUUACCUAUGUUUGCCAGGGGGCCAGGGCUCGGGGCGGGGGAGGGCUUGUUUUAUUGACUUACAGUGCAGCAUGCUAAUGGGGUACACCAUUGACUUCAUUGUACUUAGUUCUGUUGGUCAGUAUGAGGAUGCAUUUUGGGUUCAUCUUUCUUGAAUAUUGGUUUUAAGUAAAGAAAGUUAAAUGGUUCAUUAAUCUGCUAAUUGGUUGCCUAUAAAAACACAUUGUCUACUAUUAAAGCUUUUUUACCAUUGC